UUUAUAAACUAAUUGAAGAUCACUGAAGAAGACAAUGACCACAACAACAGCGAAGAAGAAGGACUCGUUUGAUCGCUUCGGCGAUGAUUUGUGUCAACUAUUGCUUCAAUAUCUGCCAAUUGAUGACAGAUUGAGACUACAAUCGGUGUCCAAACAGUGGCUGACAUUGAUAUUUAUCACACAAACAGAUCUUGUAUUUGAUGGCAAACUAUUAGAAACAAUGUCUUUGAAUUCAAUGCGUGAUUAUUAUCCGACAAUUAGAUUGUUUAAACUGAUUGUCCGAAAGUGUCCGAACAUUACCGCAGUUACCAUAAAUGUCGGUUCAACACUUGCCGGUGCUGUCCAUAUGAUGAACCGUUUUAUCAAUUUAUUGACUAAAAACUCUAACCGAUUGAAACACUUGUCAAUUAAAUUUGAUUACUACGACCUACUGGUCAUCGGCCGUAUGUUUGACCAAUUAUUCUGGCGUUUCGGCCGACAGUUGCAGACAUUCAAGUUUGACGGCAAUAAUCAUGAAUUUAAUAAACAAUUGUUUUACAAAGUCAUCGACGGUUUGCCUAACCUGAAGACAUUGGAUAUAACUAAUGAUAACAACAGUGAAAGUACUGUCCAAUUGAAUGAUAUAUUUAUUGAUAAUAAUAUGUAUUAUUUGUUACCGAAAUCGUUGCAAUCAUUGAACAUAAAACUGGACGAACUAUCGAUGCCGUUAUUCCGUAAUUUUGCCAAUAAUUUUGGCCAUCAAUUGAUAUCAUUGACCAUACAGUUGGACGAGUCUAUUGUUGUCGAUGAGGACGAAGACGACGAAUGGUCUGUUAAUUUGAAGCCAUUGUUAACCGGAUUUAGACAAAUGCCGCGAUUAAGACAACUUAAGUUUGAAUUGCCGAUGGAUUUUGGGCCACAAUUUACUGUCAAUUUAUUUUCGACAAUUGGCCGCAACUGUCGUCAACUUAAAUCCAUAGACUAUUCACCAAAAUUUUCAAAUAUAUUGACAAUUAAGCGCAUAUUUGCCAAAAUUAACAAACAUAUGUCCAAACAAUUAAGACAAUUAACAGUUGAUUGUUCGCCCGAUUAUGAUUGUAAUGAGUUAUCACUGACCAGCCGUUUGUUAAACCGAUUGCACGGAUUAACGCAUUUGACAUUAAGAUUAGAUAAGUGGCAGAUAAUCGGUAACCAGUUUUUUCAGGACAUUCAUCGCAAUCUUCCGCGACUACAAUAUCUAUACUGUGACAGGGCUUCAAUUACUCGACAGUCUAUAGCAUCUAUUGGACAAUUGACACAUUUGACGGAUGUCUAUCUACUGUGCGACCGAUACACUGUAACAUUAAGUAAAUCCUAUAUUAAACGCCAUUUACUAAUUGGUACAAAAAUUCAACAUUUAUUUAUUGAAUACAAUGAUUCAAUAGGUAGACAAUUGGUGUUUAAAUGCGGUAAAUAUUUUCAUAAUAAUUACCAAAUUAAUAGUACCGGUAAUGAUGUUAAUGAUGUUAGUUAUGAUUAUAAUCUUAUCGCUUAUAAGUAUAUUCAUAGCCAUACAGAUAGUGAUAGUGAAUAA